GGAAUGUGGAAUGCAAGUGGACCGUAAUUGGACGCAUGUUGUACAAAAAAACUGCAGUCGAGUGAACCAAAACGAACCAGGAAAUAAAUAAUAAGCAUACUUACUGGAAAUCCACUGACAUAAAGGACACCCACGGAGGCAGGAUCAUUGUUGACUAGUAACCAGAGGACUCGCAGAGCAGGAACCGCUCCCCAAGAAGCGGCGGCCCCAAAAUCGCCAAAAAGCCAUCGCGCACACAAACAAACAAACCCACGCACUCACACUCACACUCGCAACACUCGCGCAGCCAAGGAGCUGAAACUAAGGCAAAAGAGAAGAAUUCCGCCAGAAGAAGCAGAAGCAGCACUACUAGCCAUUAGCAAUCACAUAGUAUCGUUCCCAUUCUCGAGCGGCUGAAGCGGUUGGAGCAGCGGCAACCACAGCCACGGAAAUAGCCACAAUAACAGUCACAAAGUUUGCAAACGGAUUCGGAGCCGGAAGCCAUCGCCAGGAUGAGCAUGGAGAAAGUAGCCAGCAAGCAGUACGAGUCGAAAGUCUGGCCAGAAAUAGUCGACAGCGACGACAGCGAUGUGGAGAACGAGAUAGACGUGGACAAGCUGCCGCCACUGGAGGUGGGACCAGGCGAGAACCGGCUGCAGCACACAUAUUGCCUUUGGUUCUGCAAAUCGCUGCACGUGGUCGGAAGGUGCGCCAGCGUGCAGCAGUGGUGGUCGCUCUACUCGCACCUCAUCCGGCCCACCGCCCUCAAGCCCUACCGGGAGCUGAGCCUCUUCAAGCAGGGUAUCAAGCCCAUGUGGGAGGACCCCGCGAACAGCAAGGGCGGCCAGUGGGUGAUACGGCUCCGCAAGAACAAGAUAGAACGGGCUUGGGAGAACGUCUGUAUGGCGAUGCUCGGCGAGCAGUUCCUCGUCGGCGACGAGAUUUGCGGCAUAGUUCUCCAGACAAAGUAUCCGGAGGAUAGCUUAUCAGUAUGGAAUCGGACUGCCACUGAUAUGACCAGUACAACACGUAUCCGAGAUACGUUACGCAGGAUAUUAAAUAUACCUCUAACAACGGCAAUGGAGUAUAAGAUACACUGUGAUAGCCUUAAAUAUGUUUCAAUUAAUAAAGGCCCAUUGAAAAGCUGAAAUUCAGCCAAUAACUAUAAACAAAAGAAAAGCAAAAACAAUAAUUACACAAACAGAUAAUAUAGGUCGCUAGUGAAAGCCAGAGAACGAAACACAAAUACUGCACAUACAACAGCCACAGACAACAGACAGACGUCAGAGCACAAGGAUUUAACACGGACUCCAAUACAAGAUCAUUCACCCCCUCGAAAGGCACAUCAACGAGGCCCGGACUGGCUUAAGCCCCCAGCCUUCUCAGAACACCAACCCGAACCCGAACAUGAAAACAAUAGCAAAACAAAUUAAUAUUUAAGCGCUAAUAAGACAAAUCUUUGUAUUUAAAACAUGGUUACAAAGUGUGUGUAUAUAUGAAACGCCAUAAAUAUUUUAUUUUGUAUGUAUAAAGUUUACAUUAGGCAUUCCCUAUUAUCGAAUCGAACUCCAACUGCCUCUAAAAGUAACGCUUCUCCAACUCAGAUUCCUCUAUUCAGUUGUAUUAUUUUACUCAACACAAUUACCUUAAUUCUCCCUGUAUGUAUUGUAGCAUAAAUAAGCAUCUAGUCCAUGAGAUGUAUCAUUGGUACCGACACACUAACUAGCCGAUAAUGUAUUCAUCUGUUUGCAAUGAUUAUUUAUUAAUUUUAAAACUGAAUAAUCAAAUUGUUUGUUUUUGUUCUUGAAAUACAAAUAGUUUUUUACGUGAAGAAAAAAUGAGAAAAACUAAAAGCAUAAACCUGUUGUUUUACAUAUACCAUUACCGAUACGCCAUCAACGCCAACAUUUAUUUAUUGAAUUCUCCCAUAAACUCCCCUCAGUA